GCGUGACGCUCAGACACCCCUCCUCCCCCGCCUCCAGUUACAUCCCUGGCAGGGGACAGCAAUUCUCAGCUUCUCUUUCCAGGGUUAUUUUGGGCUGGGGCUGCGGCAAAGCUUUGGCAAGCCCCCGGUGUCCUUGUUCAAAAAGAGGAGCUAGUUCGCCGCCCAGCGCGCAGUGGAGGGAGGCGAGCGGGCGGCGAGGAGCCCCGGCGUCUCCUCGGCUCCCGGCUAAGUGUCCCCAGGAGUUUUGGAGGCGAGAGCCCGCCAAGCGCGGGCCGGGGCAGGGUGAGCCCGAGGCGGCGGGGGCGGCGCUCGAUGCCCAGGAGCUGAAGCGAGGCGAGCCCCGCUCUGGAGGCAGGCGGCUGAGGGGGCUGGAUUAAGCCUCGGCGGGCGGUCCCGGGCAGGCCAGGGCGAGGGGAGCCACGUUCCUGCGGCGGGCAGCGAUGGAGGGGAGCCCCAUCCCGGUGCUCACGGUGCAGACCGCCCCCUACCAGGACCAGAAGCCGACGGGCGGUGGGGGGCUGCGGCGGCCCACGGGGCUCUUCGAGAGCCAGCGCAACUACCUGCCCAACUUCGUGCAGAGCCUGCUCUCCUCCAUCGACCUGCGCGACCGCCAGGGCUGCACCAUGGUGGUGGGGAGCGACGGCAGGUACUUCAGCCGGACGGCCACCGAGAUCGUCGUGCAGAUGGCCGCGGCCAACGGGAUUGGAAGAUUGGUUAUUGGCCAGAAUGGCAUCUUAUCCACACCUGCUGUUUCAUGUAUUAUCCGAAAGAUCAAAGCAGCUGGCGGAAUUAUUCUAACAGCUAGUCACAGUCCUGGAGGACCUGGAGGAGAAUUUGGAGUCAAGUUUAAUGUUUCCAAUGGAGGACCUGCCCCAGAUACUGUUUCAGACAAAAUCUAUCAAAUCAGCAAAACCCUUGAAGAAUAUGCCAUUUGCCCCGAUCUCAGAGUUGACUUAUCUCGGCUGGGAAGACAAGAAUUUGAUCUGGAGAACAAAUUCAAACCUUUCCGAGUUGAAAUAGUGGAUUCAGUGGAUAUCUACCUCAAUCUGCUUCGAACUAUCUUUGACUUUAACAUGAUCAGAAGCUUGCUGACUGGACCCAAUCAGCUUAAGAUAAGAAUUGAUGCCAUGAACGGAGUUAUGGGACCCUAUGUAAGGAAAGUCCUGUGUGAUGAAUUAGGAGCUCCUGCAAAUUCUGCAAUAAACUGUAUUCCUCUGGAGGAUUUUGGUGGGCAACUUCCUGACCCAAACUUAACAUACGCAACUACCCUGCUGGAGGCUAUGAAAGGAGGAGAAUAUGGAUUUGGAGCUGCUUUUGAUGCUGAUGGAGACCGCUAUAUGAUCCUAGGUCAAAAUGGUUUCUUUGUGAACCCUUCUGAUUCACUGGCAAUUAUUGCCGCCAAUCUUUCUUGCAUUCCAUAUUUCCGUCAGAUGGGUGUUCGAGGAUUCGGUAGAAGCAUGCCUACCAGCACAGCACUGGACAGGGUGGCAAAGGCACUGAAAGUCCCUGUGUAUGAAACACCAACAGGCUGGAGGUUUUUUUCAAAUCUGAUGGAUUCUGGACGAUGCUCACUUUGUGGAGAAGAAAGCUUUGGCACUGGGUCUGACCACAUCCGAGAGAAGGAUGGACUCUGGGCUGUGCUAGUCUGGCUUUCAAUCAUAGCAGCUCGAAAGCAGAGUGUGGAAGAGAUUGUCAGAGAUCACUGGACAAAAUUUGGCCGCCACUAUUAUUGCAGAUUUGAUUAUGAAGCAUUGGAACCCAGAACAGCAUAUUUCAUAAUGAGAGACCUGGAGGCUUUGAUCAUUGACAAAUCUUUCAGUAAUCAGCAGUUUGCUGUUGGGAAUAAUGUCUACCGUGUGGAAAAAACAGACAGCUUUGAAUAUGUGGAUCCUGUAGAUGGCACUGUGACCAAAAGACAGGGACUGCGAAUUAUUUUCUCAGAUGCCUCGAGGCUCAUCUUCAGACUUAGUGCUUCUAGCAGUGUACGAGCUACCCUCAGAAUCUAUGCAGAAAGCUAUGAAAAGGAUCCCAGCAAACAUGACAAGGAGUCGCAGGCUGUGCUGAGUCCUCUCAUAGCCAUUGCACUGAAAAUAUCUCAGAUCCAUGAGAGGACAGGGCGGAAGGGACCCACUGUCAUCACCUGAAUCUACAAAGGAUCAUUAACCCAGGGCCAAAAGAGAGAGGGCAAGGAAGAGAGAUGACCUUGCUAAACCACGUUAGCUGUUUGUGCCUAGUAUGGCUUUAAAAGUUUUUUGGGGGUGGGGGUGGGAAGAAAAAUUCAGUUUAAUAUUGAUCAAAUUCAGUUGCAUUAAUUGCCAGAGACAACAGUGUACUGACUUCUGUUUUAGAGCAACAAUAUCUUUUUGUCCAAAAAAAUAAAUAAAAAUAACCAAAGAAAAAGCCCUUAACCUUUGAACGUUGCAAAAUGCCAGUAUGACAGGAAGGGCUGACCUUUGUAUUUUCUUUCCCCUUCGAGUGUUAUGAUAAAGUAAGAAGAAUUUUGGACUUGGGAAGAAGGGGGAAAUGGUCUACAAUGCAAACAUGUUUUUUGGUGAAUACAGUUUAUGGUUCUUGUCAGCUUCUUGUUGGUUUAGGAAGAAAUCAUCAGCGUGUCUGAGGUACGGGGCAGCAUACUAGUCUUUGCGAAGGGUGCAUUUGCAUACUCCGUUUGUUCCUUUCUCAUCUGCACCCUUAGCCAGCUUGCAGAUCCACACCAGCAGCAGAACUGUGCACACAUUUGAAAAUGAAUGAAAUGAAAGAUGAAUGAAAUGAAAGACUCCCAAUGAAAGAUGCCAGUGCUUCCUUUUUUUUGGUUUAGAAGUGUAACAGUGUGACUCAUGUCUCUCUCUAGGUUUCCCUGAAAUUGACUCUUCCUUUUUUUUAAAGGAGGGUAAUUAUUUUUAUUGAAGCCAAAAUAUGAUUAAUGUUUUAGUCACGGGGGCAUCAGUUGCCUUUUGCAAUAUCCCUCAUGUUCAUAAGCAUGUCCUGCUGGUGCUUACUGGGCUUGGAGGGUACUGUUGCAAGUUCAGCAUAUUUUCCAUAAAUGUGUUAUCAUAGAAAGAUUUUAAAGAUUACAUACCUAUGUUCAUACUUAUCAGGAAUGGAUGUAAUACGGAAGAGGGAAUGAAUUAAAUGAAAUACUUGGCUGAUUCACUAGUUGAGCUCAGAGUCUAUUAGAUUCUUUAAAGUAGAGUUCAUAGGAUAAAGAGCUGGGGAGAAGGGACUUGACAUGAAUGAGAGAAGCAUAUGUACACUUGUGGUUUUUUUGCUUGUGAAAUGCUGCUGCAGCUCUAGUUAUGGUUCAUUGCUUUGUACUGAACAAGAACACAAACACUUUGUGCAUGUGACUUGUUUGAAUGUUUUGCUUCCUUGGGAACAGCGUGUGGUCACUUGUCAUAUCAUUUGUUGAGUUGGCUUUGUGCAAUUUGAGACUUUGCAGCAUGUACAAUUCAUAUUGCAACCCAUCAAGAUUUCAGUGCAAUUUAGAUAAUAUUGCAGUGCAGGAAGUUGCUUUGUUUUCUUUUGACACUUCUGUCAAAAAUUGCUAUGACAUUUAUUAUCUAAUAAAGUGGAUUGCUAUAUUUCUGUCUUAAUACCUAAUUGUUGACAAAACACACUGUGCUUUCAUCCAUUCAAAUAAAGCUGCCUUUAAUAGAA